AUGGCUGCGCAGGCAUCGCGAGUAGUGAGGCAUUGCUUCUCUGUUACCGACUCUCACUGCCAUGUGAAGAUGGCAGCCUCACUGCAGGGAGGUACGCCGGUGGACGAUGUAUCGACGCCGCCACCCUUCAUGUGCCACAUUGCGCGCGCCGUGAUGUGCGGCACACACCCCGAUGUCGACUGGGAUCUCAUUGAGGCAGCGGCAACGGCGGCUCGGUCGUCCCGUGUGCGAAUUUCUCCCGCUCUAAGCGCUGCGACGGAACCAGCAGCUGCACAUGUUGUUGUUAUCCCAGGCUUUGGUGUCCACCCGUGGUUUGUGCCUCAUGACUCGGGUUCAACUGCACCGCCGUCAAAAAACGACGCAGUGGCAGGCAGCGGGGGUUCCGAGGCCGGCAACGAUGCUGAUGUGAGGUGCCUGGAAGGCGGAAAACAACGCGAACGGAGCUCAGAAGAACUUUUAUGUCUUCUUGAAGCUGCAUUACAACGCCACCCACAGGCGAUAGUGGGUGAGAUUGGACUAGACAAGCUGCGGGGACCACCCGAGGCAGUGCAACUACUGCUCUUUGUGGCGCAGAUGAAGUUGGCGGCGAAAUAUGGCCGCCCCGUCUCCGUGCACUGCGUGCGCAGCUUUGGAAAGAUGUUGCAGGUGUUGCAGGAUCUCCCCGCUGAGGACACACCGCCCGCCAUUGUACUGCAUGGGUUUACCGGGUCCGUGGACUUUGCGCGGUCGGCGAUGAUGAUACGAAAACGACGGUCUGCGUUAACAGGUGGGGGUUGUUUAGUGAAGAAAGCAGAACCCCUUCGCAUUUUUUUUGGCGUGGGUGCCGUUACUAGUUUGCGGGUGAAAGAUUUUGCAGAGAAGACUCUGUCCUUUCUGUUGCGGGAGAAACGAAUGUUACUGGAGACCGAUACCCACCACACGCUGCUGCCCCCGUCCCCGCAGGUUGACGGUGGUGGGAAGGCUGCUCAGUCUUCAAUAGGCGGGAGUGGCGGUGAUGGUGGAACAGGGCCUGCGAAGACGACAGCCACACACACAACAGCGGCAGGAUGCGAGUUGGUGUGGGAUAAGGGAAGUUGUGUGCAGCUGGCACAUUUGAUAACGCGGGUGAGUUCGUGCCGUGGUGACGAUGAUGACAUUUCCAUCGUUGAGGAACUUUUGGGUAAAUGCGAAGAGGCCUUCUUAGAUGCCUUUUGUUUCUCUGCCCCCACUUCUGCAGAAGCCAAACGGGAAACGUAA